AUGAGAGGUUAUGUGCUCGAUUUCUUGAAGGGUUUUUUGGUUCAGGAUAUUGUUCUGUUGGUCGGUCUGGUCGUCUUAUUAAUGCGUUAUCAUCUUUUUUUAUGGGUUCUGUCCUUCAUCCUUUGGUAUAUUUUAUUCUCGGCGGCAUAUUGUGCUCAUAUUUUCCCUUAUGGUUCUGCAACUCUAGUCGCUGAACUUAUUAUAUUCCAAGUUAUCUGGAUUAUGGCUGUUUUUUCGUUAUUUGGAACCGUUUUGACGACACCAGCUGAUAUCCCUAGAAGCUUUGUACCACCAGUCCUAAUUUUCGAAAAACCAAACGUAGCGGAAGAGAUUGCCAAAUGGGCUCGGGAGAAAAAAUUACCAGUUAGAUAUAUUGCAUUGUCAGCAAAUCACGGAACUAUCAAAUGUCCACCAUUCUGUGUACGUUGUAGAGUAAUCAAACCAAAUAGAACUCAUCAUUGUCGGAAAUGUAAUCGUUGUAUUAUUCGUAUGGAUCAUCACUGUCCAAUUAUUGGUCGUUGUAUACAUAUGCAUAAUCAUAAGUUCUUCUUGCUUUUUCUUUUUUGGGCAGCAGUGCUUUGUUUUUACGCAGUUUUAACAACUGCACCAGCUUUAUUUCGACGAACACCAGUAGUCAUUUGGAGUUUUACCGGAAUGGUGCCUUCAUUUGUGCCAGGAUUUAGUCGACGACCUCCACCACCAACCGAUGGACUUGUUGCAACAUGCUUGGUUGCUUCCGGUGCAUUAAAUGCUUUGAUUUGUGGUAUUUCGCUGGGCAUAUUUUCGUUCCAAUUAGGAAACUCUCUGCUGUCAAAUGAAACAACUCUUGAAAGUACAUCGUUUCAACUUUGUGGCGGAAGUGAUAGAAGGAACCCUACAGAUGGUAUUACCUAUGAUUUAGGCUCAAAAUUAGCAAACUUUCGCUCAAUUUUCGGAAAUAAUCCAUACUUAUGGCUUCUACCCGUGCAUUCAACUUAUGGGGAUGGAUUAUUUAAAGAAUUCCAGCUCAAGAAUGAUCUCAAACGAAAGUAUUGA